AUGCAAAAUUAACUUUGUGAAAGAAUUUUUGCUGCUUAUACUUCAAUAGAUUAGAAUUUAAGAAAGAGUGCAGAAGAAUAUCUAAAUAACCUUGAAGAGUAGGAUAGCAAUUUAUCUUUCUAUUUAUUGGAAAUAAUAUCAAUACAAUAAUAAAAUAGUUAAAUUAGAUUGUUUACAAUUAUCCUGUUAAAAAAUGUAAUCAAACGUAAAUGGAAUGCUUUUGGAUUUAAGGUUGGCUCUGAAUAAAGAAAAAGUAAAUUUAUAAAAUCAAUUUAAGAAUUUUAUCAAGAGGAUCAAAAAAAAUAAAUUAAAACUUAAAUAUUAUCAAUCUAUUGUUAGGAAGUAAUUGGUUAAAUCAAAUAGGAAGCUUUAUAGAUUUUACUAGUAUAAUAAUUAUUUAAAUAUUAAGGAAAUAUGCGAGAAUGAUUACCCUUUUAGGUAUCCUGAAUUACUACAAUAUAUUAAUCAAUAAUUAUAAGUAAAUAAUUAAGAUUAAUAAUUAUUUUUAUUAUUAAAGCAGUUAUUUAAAUUUAUGUAAAAAAAUCAAUAAAAGAAUGAUUAAUAUAAUUUGAUUUGGGAAAAAAUUGCAUAAUAAUGGAUUCCAAAUGAUAAUUUGAAUAAAUAUUCUUAACAUUUUUUGCUGCUUUUGGAUAAAGUAUUUACUAAUUUUAUAUUAUCCUAUUAACCAAUUGUUUUUUAAAAUGAUAUUUAAUAGAUUUUUAGAAUAAUUUUGUAAAAAAUUGCUUUAUUAUUGGAAAAAAAUUAAUAAUAAUAUAAUAAGAAUAUCACGCAUUUAAUAUCAAAAUGUUCAAAAUUAUUCGAGAUUUAUACAUUCGAUUUAUCUUAAAUUUUACCAGAUUACUUAUAAUUAUUGAGUAUUUCUAUAAACUCUAAUAACAUUUAAAUUAUUAAAAGUGGAUUAAUAGCAUUCAUAAGAUUUUAAAAAUUAUCAUAAUUAUUUUUACCUUUGGAUAAAUUAUAAUUAACAUUUAAAAAUAAACCUGUAGAAAGGUAAUAACAUAUUCUAAACAUGUAGUAAAUUAUUAAUCAAAUUUUGCAAUAGUUUUAUGAGAAAGAGAGUCAAAAUUUUUUAUAAAAGAUUUUGGUUUUGAUAAAUUAAUCAAAUGAAAUUGGUAUAGAAGAUAUGAUCGAAUAAGAGGAAGAAAAUGAAUUUGAAAAGAUUUUACAUCCAAAAGAUGCUGAAGUUUUUAAUUUAGCAUUAAUUGCUGUUGAACUUCUUAUAUUUAGAGCACCACAAAUUUGUUAAAAUAUAUUAUAAGGAUAUAUUGAUUAAACAAUUUAAGCAUAAUUUUAAGUUAAUCCAAAAGUAUUAGAUGGUUUAUUGAUAAUUAUAGGUUUAAUACCAAAAAUUUAAUCAAAAUUAAAAAUAUCAUUUUAAAUCUAAUAUCCUGUUAUUUUGUAAUACUUGUAAUCGUCUAAUCAACUUACUCAUUAAAGAAGAUUGUCUAUUUUAUUAAAUAGAUUAAUACUUAUAGUAGAUUAGAACUAAAUUUUAUAAUUCUUAGAAUAAGCUGGAACUCUAUUAUCUAAAAAUAAUGAUAGUGUAGUUUAAUAUCAAUGUUUAUUAUGUAUAAAACAGGUAGCUACUAAUUAUAAUGGAAAUUUAGCAUGGACUUAAAUUUUGGUUACUGUAUGCCCAUUUUUAGUUUAAUUGCUUAAAAAUUUAGUAAGAACAAGCAUCAUAAAUCCAUUGUUAGAAUUGUUAACAAAAUUAAUUGAAAAAUGUCAAAAUGAAUAAUCUGAAGUAGUAAUCAUUGCAAUAAGAAAUAGUGGAUUAUUAGAAUUAAUGAAAUCAAAAUUUUAAGAAGCUGAAGAGAAUACAUUAAUAAUUGAAUAAGUUUGUCAGAUGUUAAAAACAUUAAUUGUUGCAUAUCCUAUUGGAAGUUAAAUAUCCCAUAUAUUUGAAAUGGCAUUAGUAUUAAUCAGAAAUAAUAUCAACUCAAAAUAAACUUGUAUUUUAGAAUUAACUUUAUUAUUAUUAAGAGAAUAUGAAGAUUAAUAUAAGAAUUUUUAAAUAAAUGAAUUAAUAAUUCUAUUAAACUAAAACUUUAACAGUUUAUUAUCUGACACUUCAUAAAUUAAUUCUUGUGUAUUCAUUUCUAUUAUUGAAGAAUUAUAUUUAUUAGGUGUUUUUACUAUUAAUGAUAUUUAAAAUCAUAUUACCUACAUUGAAAAUAAAUAUUCUUAAAAAGAUAAUAAUGUUAAAAACUCUAUUUUAGGUCUAACAACAACAAUGAUUCUUCUUAUUUUAAAUUAAAAUAGAAAAGACAUUGGGAUAUUUACAGGCCUAAUUUAAUUAAUUAUUAAUGAUUUAUUAGAACCUAAAAUGAAUGAAACACUUGAAAAUAAAUUUAGAAUUGAAAUUUAAAUUAUAAGCAUCUUAAAUAGAUUUAUUAUUUUAGCAAGAAAUGAUUUUUUUACUUUUGUAUAACAAAAUAAUGUCACUUUUGAUAAUUAUUUAUAAAGUUGGUUAAAAAAGUCAGAAAUAUUAGAAUCUGAAAAAACCAUGUAAAUUAAUAUUAUUAUAUCAUAGUAAAUUAAAUAUAAUUGCAUUUUUAAUAAUAAUUGAUUAAUUAGAGCCAAAUUAAUUCAUUUAAUAUUUUAUUUUAAUAGCAAAAUAAUUUGCCAGAUAUUUAAAAAUGCAAAAAAAAAAUUAACCUUAAAUUUAACUAACCCCUACUAAUAGGUUAUCAUAACAUAGAACAAGUAGUAGAAAAGAAAUAAUUAGAUAAACUUAAAUGCAUAAUGAAGAAAAUCUUCAAUAAUUUUUUAAUCAAAUAAUUCAAGAUUAUAUCAUUAGGCAUAAUUUAUAACAAGAUUAAGUUGUGAUUUAGGCUUCAUAAAUCUUGAUAUGA